GGUUCGCUUCCGUGUUAAAGGCUCUAUGGUGGAGUAAGAUGGCGGCUCCCUUCGAGUUGUUCUGUUGGAGAGGGAGCUGCGGUUUACCGUCGGUUGAUACCGACAGUCUCAUCGUGCUGGCUUACGCACGGUUUGCUGGCGCCCCACUGAAAAUUCACAAGAUCUCCAAUCCCUGGAGGAGCCCGACAGGUUCACUCCCGGCUCUGAAGACCAGGGAGGAGGGGAGCGUCUCUCAACCCAGCAAGAUCAUCAUCCAGCUCAGGAAACAGAAAUACAAUGCCGACUACGACCUGUCAGCAAGAGAAGGAGCCGACACACUGGCGUUCAUCUCUCUGCUGGAGGAAAAGCUGAUGCCAGCUCUGAUUUACGCUCUGUGGAUCGAUCCUAAGAAUUAUGUGGACGUGACGCGGCGCUGGCACGCGGAGAACGUCUCUUUCCCCCUGAACUUUUUCCUGCCGGGCCGUUUGCAGGCCCGGCAGCUGGAGAGGGUUCGGCUCAUGAGGGGAAACGGCACCCUGGAGGCUGGAGAGGAGGCCGAGAAAGAGCUUUAUGAUGAUGCUCAGGAGUGCAUGAAUCUUCUGUCUCAGCGACUCGGAACCAACAGAUUUUUCUUCGGCGAUUCGCCCUCCUCCCUCGAUGCCUACGUGUUUGGCCACUUGGCACCGCUGCUGAAGAUCAAGCUGCCCAGCAGCAAACUGCAGCAACAUCUAACGUCUCUGGAGAACCUGAGUAACUUCUGUAAUCACAUCCUGUCUCUGUACUUCCCCGGUGAGAAUAAAGACGGAGCUGAACGGCCGGCGCCGAACGUGCAGAGAACAGAGAACAACGACUUCGAUAACGAGCCUCACAAGAGAAGUAAACAGAUCCUGUCUGUCCUGGUGGCUGCGGCGGCCAUGCUGAGCUACGCCCUCCUCACCGGUAUGGUCGCCGUUCAGCAAGAGAGGAUGGACGGCCCGAGAGGAGAGCCGGCCUCCAUGAGAGACCUCGUGGAGGACGAGGAGGAGUGAUUGAGGCGACUGGGUGGGCACUGUGGGGUUAGAUUCACUACAGGUCUUUUUUUUUUUUAUCUGAGAUUGGGGUUGUUUAUGGGUUAGAAGCUUUGAUUUGGUUUGUACACAGAUUAUUUAUUGUUCUUUUAUUUUUUUAAGGUUUUGUGGAAUGUUCGCUCUUUUUUUUAGCUAUAAACACUUGAGUUCUUGAAAAGUAUUGUGAACUUUAUUAUUACUUUAAAUAAAGAUUUGCAUCUAGCCUAUGUUUAUUUACCUCCUGUUGGACGUAUUCACUGCACUGCACUGUAAACGCCUGUUUUUUAUUUGUUAAACAUUUUUGCUUGAAUCCUUUAAUAGUAUUUACGGACCAACAACCAAAAAGUGCAUCAAAAAUGUCUUGUUUGGCUUGUUUAGAUGGAUUUGAUGUCGCAAUGUUAUUGAGAACCUGCACAUGUAUUACUGCUGUAUUAAGUGUUUUUUUCUGGGGAACAAUAAUACUUUACAUUUUUAAUAAAUAUGUUUGUGUAUUUGUUUAAACAUUGUUAAAUCAUAUUGUGUAUAAAAUAAGAGCUUUAAUAAAAGUAUAU